GGGGCCUCGCCGGCGGAAAGAGCAUUUGGCGGGCUUUCUAACUGCCUUCGCGGGCCGCUGCCCCCUCCCCGCCGCAGUGACUGCGCGCUUUCUGCCCGCCCGCCGCGCUCUGCGCAGGCGCGCGCGGGCGGGGGCGGGGCGCGCGGCCGCGACGUUACGGAACGGGACGGGACGAGCCAAUCAGGAGAUUCAUUUCCGGGUGGCGCGGGCGCCAUUUUGUGAGGGCGGCUAUAAAGGCGGCCCGGCGCCGGCCCGCCCGUUCAGUUGCUGCUGGGAGCGUGUCGGGUCGGUCUGCUCUGCGUCGGCCUCGCAGCUUCCCCACGCGGACUCACUGCCCAGAGAGGCGCGGCCCGCCGCCGCCGCCACGGCCAGAGGAGGCCGCGGAUCCUGCUGAGGGCGAGGGCCCGCUCGCCGCUUCGCAGCCAUGAGCUACGGCCGCCCGCCUCCCGAUGUGGAGGGCAUGACCUCCCUCAAGGUGGACAACCUGACUUACCGCACCUCGCCCGACACGCUGAGGCGCGUCUUCGAGAAGUACGGCCGCGUCGGCGACGUGUACAUCCCGCGGGACCGCUACACCAAGGAGUCGCGCGGCUUCGCCUUCGUCCGCUUCCACGACAAGCGCGACGCCGAAGACGCCAUGGAUGCCAUGGAUGGGGCGGUGCUGGACGGCCGCGAGCUGCGGGUGCAGAUGGCGCGCUACGGCCGUCCGCCCGACUCGCACCACAGCCGCCGGGGCCCGCCACCGCGAAGGUACGGCGGCGGCGGCUACGGACGGCGGAGCCGCAGCCCAAGGCGCCGUCGCCGCAGCCGGUCUCGAAGCCGGAGCCGUUCCAGGUCCCGGAGCCGCUCUCGCUACAGCCGCUCCAAGUCUCGGUCCCGCACCCGGUCCCGCUCGCGGUCCACCUCCAAGUCCAGGUCUGCGCGAAGAUCCAAGUCCAAGUCGUCCUCGGUCUCCAGAUCCCGCUCGCGGUCCAGGUCCAGGUCGAGAUCCAGGAGUCCUCCGCCCGUGUCCAAGAGGGAGUCCAAGUCUAGGUCGCGUUCCAAGAGCCCCCCCAAGUCUCCAGAGGAAGAAGGAGCAGUGUCCUCCUAAGAAAACGGUAAUGUCUGCAGGAAUCCGAGCCGCAGCCUGAGUCCCGUGGGGUUGAAGUAGGUUUUUUGAGCCAUGCUAGCGUGAGUGACUCCUGAAGUUACUCGGCUUUGGGAGUAAUGCUGAAGAGGGGUCUUCAGAGAGGAUUGUGUAAAGCUUAAGUAAUAAUGGCUGUUUCAUACUGUUUGAGACCUAUUAAUGAAAAUGACUAUUUCUUGCUGUUUUUAUCCAACGUCUGCAUUUUCCCCCUUUAAAGCUGCGGUCUCCUGUUUGAUAAAAGAAUAUUGGCCAGUAUUGCAGAUUUUAACUGAUUUGGCUGAUCCUCCAGGGACCAGUUUCUGUGGGCGUGUAUUGGAGCAGGUUUGUCUUUACACGUUAAAGAUGCACUAUCCUCAUAGAGCAAAACAAUCAGUUCAACUGUUGUUGUACUGACUGGGACUUCUUACUCUAAUGGAUGUGGCAAAUGAAUUGCGAUUAAGAGGCAAUGAACUUUUGGAAUCCCAAAAGGAAGUUACAGGUAUUGCACUGGGUGGGGAAAGGAUAGUGUGUCUUUAACUCUCAAAUUGUUUGGUCCUGUUAUUUUUUUAAAGGAAAGGGCCCUAAGUAGCUGAUAAGAACAUCCUCAACUGCCAAAUGUUUCAUUUUCAAACAUCUUAAAGGGUAGACUAAUUUCUGAUAGCAAGUUUUAUUUGGAUACAGCCCCACCCCGCCCUCCCGCUUUUUCUUUUUUUUCUUCCUCCCCUUGCCAUUUUUUUUUUGCCUUGGUUAUCUGACCAAGAAUCACAUUCAGACUUGUGCUGGUGGUAGCCUCUGGGAGAAUUCUCAUUUGGGCCUUUAAAGAACUGACAAUGGCCAGGUGGAACCUUGUGUAACCUCCUUGUUUCACCAGAGCCUUAGUAAGUACGUGUCUGAAACUGAAACCAUGUGCACUGGGCACCUGUGUGUGUGGUAGUAGACGGUAAGCUGAACCUCUCUCUUUUCAAACCUAGAUGGAUCGGCAAGCAGCUUAACAGAGGACUUUGGGGAAAGGACCACAAACUCAGUCCAGCGGUCAGUGGAAGAGUCCUUGGAACAAGCAACUGGCUAUUGAAAAGGUUAUUUUGUAACAUUUGUCUAACUUUUUACUUGUUUUAAUCUGCCUCAGGUGGCAAACAUCAUUUUAUGUGCCAUUGUGUUGCUGUUAUUCAAAUUUCUUGUAAUUUAGUGAGGUGAGCGACUUCAGAUUUCAUUAUUGGAUUGGAUAUUUGAGGUAAAAUUUCAUUUUUGUUUAUAGUGCUGACUUUUUUUGUUUGAAAUUAAACAGAUUGGUAACCUAAUUUGUGGCCUCCUGACUUAAUAAGGAAACGUUUGCAGCCAUUACACACAGCCUAAAGCUGUCAGCAGAUUGACUCAGCAUUGCCUUCACUCCUUAGAAUUAAAACCCAUGAAAGUUGGUGUCAUUGUUUAUAUAUGUUAUUUACCUUCAGGUCUAAAUGAUAAUCUGAACCCAAAUUUGUAUAAAGACUUUUCAGGUGAAAAGACUUAUUUUUUUUUGAAGGAUUGUUUACCAAAUACAAUUCUAAUCUCUUCUCUUAUGUAUUUUUGUGCACUAGGCGCAGUUGUGUAGCAGUUGAGUAAUGCUGGUUAGCUGUUAAGGUGGCGUGUUGCAGUGCAGAGUGCUUGGCUGUUUCCUGUUUUCUCCUGGUUGCUCCUGUGUAAAGAUGCCUUGUCGUGCAGAAACAAAUGGCUGUCCAGUUUAUUAAAAUGCCUGACAACUGCACUUCCAGUCACCCGGGCCUUGCAUAUAAAUAAUGGAGCAUACAGUGAGCACACCUAGCUGAUGAUAAAUACACCCCCUCCCUCAAAAAAUGGUAAAUCUGAUCCUCGUGUAUGAACUUAAUCAGAAAAUGUUAAGGAAGCAAAUGGUUUGUAACUUUGUAAGUACUUAAAAACAUGGUGUAUCUUUUGCUUAUGAAUAUUCUGUACUAUAACCAUUGUUUCUGUAGUUUGAUUAAAGUGUUUUCUGGUGUUAGCUUUUUUGAGAAUA